CCCAUGGCACCUUCCGGCACCGUCGCCGAUCCUCCGCCAUCUUCAGCUACCGAUUCAUUCAAUUCCGGCGCCUCAGAAGAGAAUGAUAUACGGCCAUUUUUUGUCCUCCACAAGGCUUCGUCUGGGAGUCUCCAGGGGAAAUCAACUGGGACGGUGAGAAGCAAACGGACGAUCGAAUCACCGACACCUAAAAUUGCCAAGAAAUCUGAGGUCGAAAGCGCGGAAGAGGAAGAUGGCCAAUUUCUCUCAAAUCGACGCUUGAAAAUUUUCGAGACUGUCUGGUCAAAAAUCGAGAAAACAAUCGAGAAUGUUCUAAGAGAUUCGAACUCCAAAAUAUUCAAUGGGAUUUAUGAUUGGAUACGGGAAUCAUUUGAAUCGAUCAGAUCAUAUGGAGCACUGAGUUUAUCGGAAGCAGUUCGGUCUUAUCCUGUUUUAACUCAGGCUUCUUCCAAGCAAUUGUUUACUGCUUUGGUCCUCACCAGGAAUCUAGAAAUGGUUGAUGAUUUAUUGACAUUUGAAGAACUGAAUUUGCACUUGAAGUCUCAAGGAUGUCAUGUGGCUAAGCUUUCAUCCAUGGACUUCUCAGCCAAGAAUGGUGUAGGAGGUUGCCUUAGAGGUUUGUUACGCCAGUUUGUGAUGCCAACCCUAGAUGUGGCUGAUGUAACCACUCUCGCAUCAUGGUACAGAGAAAACGAAAACCAUAAGAAUCCUGUGGUUAUAAUCGUCGAUGAUACAGAGAGAUGCUGUGGGUCUGUCCUGUCGGAUUUAAUUCUUAUAUUGAGUGAAUGGGCAGUCAAAGUUCCAAUCUUUUUAAUAAUGGGUGUGUCUACAGCACAUGAUGCGCCUAGAAAGAUACUAUCAGUGAACGCACUGCAGAGACUUUGUGCUAGUAGGUUCACUCUGAGUUCUCCGGCCGAACGGAUGGAUGCAGUUCUCGAGGCUGUUUUUCUAAAGCCAUGUUCUGGGUUCACUGUUAGCCAUAAGGUGGCGCUUUUUAUGAGAAGUUACUUUUUGUGUCAAGAUGGAACAUUGACAUCGUUUGUCAGAACUCUCAAGAUAGCUUGUCUUCAGCAUUUCUCAUCAGAGCCUUUAAGUAUCAUGCUCGAGCACUUUUGUCAAGAUCGUAGUAAUCAGAAUCUAUGGAUAUUACAGACUUCAUACGUACUCAUCUUCGGUGGUGAAGGUAAUGGGCUAUUGACAGAAUCAACAAUGAAGCAUGCUUUUGACUUGCCAUCUGUGACGAGGAAUAAAAUUACUCGGAGUACUUGUGAAUUGCUGCCUCAAUUUUUGUUGGACUUGCAAAGGAUGCCAAAUCCUUGGAGCAUAGUAGUUCUGUGCAUAUACGAAGCUGGAAAGUUUGAUAAACUUCGAUUGCUAGACAUAUUCUGUGAGACACUUGACCCAGAAGCACGCUACUUGAAAUACUUUUCACCUUCAGCAAUUGUCAACUGUCAGAGUCAGGUUUCAGGACGUAGUGUUAUCAGACAGGUUCUGCGCAAGCUCAGGGAUCUUUCACCUUCACAGUGGCGUAGCUUAUUGAAAAGAUGGGAAAAUCUCUCUGCGGAGUUCAGUGAGAUCAAUGACAAAGUAAUGGAAUUGCAUCCGUUAAAGAGAUCCGUGGAAGCAGCUGGUCAGAGACAAGGACUUCCCAACAGCCCAAAAAAGCAUGCAUCCCGGAGCCAUACAAAGCUUGAAAAAGAGCUUAGUGCCAUGGCUGAUAAGGUAGCCGCAGUCAUAGAAUUCAUGCUAAGGGAAUAUAUGAAGCCAGUUGAGAGUGUUCCUUUCCAUGAAAUUUUAUGUUUCAAGAAUGUCGAUAAACUUCAAUCUGCUUUACUCGGAGACCCGAGAGGCAGAAUCCAAUCAGAUCUACUGGAAGCUCAUAAUAUCCUCCACUGUAUAUGCUGCAGUCAGAGAGGCACAACGCUAUUGCCUUCCAUGCACGAUACGUCGAUUCUGUACACGCUGGCGCAAGAGCACGCUGAUGUUAUUAACCUCCAUGACUGGUAUCAAUCUUUCAAGACGAUACUUGUUUCCAGGAGUAGCAAAACCAAACAAAAUUCUAAGACAUGUUCAAAAUCGAAGAAACGGAAGGAUAGAUGCGAAGAACCGGAAGCACCUGCGGAAGCUCUAAUUCAAGCUCGAUUUUGCAGAGCAGUAAUGGAGCUUCAGAUUGCAGGACUCAUUCGCUUGCCUUCAAAAAGACGUCCAGAUUUUGUGCAAAGAGUGGCAUUUGGUUCCUAAGAAUAGUUUCAAUACUUCACAAAAAAAAAAGAGUAGCUUUAAUACUUCCAUUGUAACCUUACCUUAAUCCUAUACAGUUAUACUAAGAUGACUUAUGACUAC